AUGGAAAAGCUCAGCAUUGCUCCUCUCACUUCUAAUUUAAAAGAAGAGCAAAGAAAGCAGCUCUGUGACCUGCUGGGUGAUGUGAAACUCACUCUUCUCUACAAAGCUUCAGUUCAUGGAUAUCAAGCGUCUGCCUUCCAUCAGCGAUGUGACCAUCAGGGCCCCACCUUACUUGUAGCCUACAACCAUUCAGGCUACAUCUUUGGUGGAUACACCAGUGUAGAUUAUGCUCAGAGCAGGAAGCAAAUUACAGAUAAAGAGGCUUUCUUGUUCAGCAUUCGAUGUGGAGCCACUCUCUGCAUCAAAGUUAACAGUGGAUGUGAUGCACGUUAUGAUGAUACUGGAAUGCCCAAUUUUGGCCAACAACUGUACUUUUGCUACAAGAAUCAACCAUGUGUGUACGAUCAAAAGCAAAAUGAAUACCCCUAUGGCGUAGUGAGGGCAACAACCAACCAACUAUAUUUGCAUAAUCAAAACACAUAUAAUAAAGUGAAGGUUGAUGCAUUCAGUUUUAGUCCUGCCACACUAUAUGGGAAUGACACUGAACUGUGUGAAUGUGAGGUGUAUAAAGUGGAAGAAAUUCCUCAGAUCAGUGCCACGAUGAAGCCAUGGAGAAAUGUUCUGUGGACAGAUGAACAAAGAGAUGAGCUCAUGGAAAUGAUCAGGAAUCAUAAACCCCUGGUGACGUCUGUCAGCCGUGUCCGAAUCCUAAUGAUUGGUCCUGUAGGUGCUGGAAAAUCCAGCUUCUUCAACUCCAUCAACUCCAUCUUCAUGGGCCGCAUUACCAGCAAAGCCAUGUCAGGAUCUGCAGGCACUAGUGUCACCACACAGUUUCGCACAUAUCCAGUAAAAGACGGUCGUCAGGGAAAGCCAUUGCCAUUUGUGUUGUGUGACACCAUGGGACUGGAGGAGCAAUCAGGUGCAGGACUGGAUAUUGAGGACAUCAGCAGCAUUCUUCAAGGUCACGUACCAGACCGCUAUAAAUUCAACCCCACAGUACCAUUCCAUCCUGAUGAGCAAAAGAUGUCCAGACCUGCAUCUCUACAGGAGAAGAUCCACUGCGUGGUGUACGUGAUAGACACCACCAAAAUCUCCCUCAUGUCUGACAAACUAGAGAAAAGAUUUGCUUCUAUACGAAGAAAAGUGAACUCACUGGCCAUUCCCCAGAUGGUUUUGAUGACAAAAGUAGAUGAAGCACGUCCUGAGGUGGAGAAAGAUCUUCAAAGCCUUUAUGUCAGCUCCUACAUCAAAACAAAGGUUCAGGAGGUGAGCUCUCGGUUGGGUGUGCCGGUGUCUUGUGUGUUACCGGUGAAGAACUACAGUCAGGAGCUGGAGCUGGAGCUCAACUGUGACGUCCUGCUUCUCACCGCUCUACAGCAGAUGCUCAACUUCGCAGACGACUAUCUGGAUGAUGUCUGUCCCACGGAGGACGAACCCAAAUAA